AUGAGCAAGACUGCAGGUGGCUUCCAGAGCUGUCUGCAUUACAUGUUUGAUUAUGAAACACCAAAAACACUGGUUAUUCCAAACCUAUGGGUAGGAUUUGUCUUCAGGUUCAUCCAGUUUCUGGUGGUGCUGUAUGUGGUGGGGUAUGUGUGUGUGGUGCAGAAGGCCUACCAGGAGACAGACUCUGUCGUCAGUAGCGUCACCACCAAAGUGAAAGGUUUUGCCUUCACCAACACAUCUGACAUGGACCCCCGGUUUUGGGACGUGGCGGAUUAUGUUAUCCCGUCUCAGGGCGAUAAUUCAUUCUUUGUUUUAACCAAUAUGGUUAUUACACCCCAUCAAACUCAGUCACGUUGUCCUGAGCUUCCAAACCCAUCUUCUACUUGUGUGGAUGACUGUAACUGUAUCGAGGGAUACAGUGAUCCCCGAGGCAAUGGUAUACGGACAGGGCUGUGUGAGAACUAUUCCACGACUGUCCAGACCUGUGAAGUGCUCUCAUGGUGCCCUCUUGAAAUAGACACUACGCUGCCCGAACAUGCACUGCUGGCUGCAGCAGAGAACUUCACUGUGUUGAUCAAAAACAGCAUAACAUACCCGAAGUUCAACUUCCACAAAAGAAACAUACUGUCACAUGUUAACUCCUCAUACCUGAAGAGGUGUGAAUUCAAUCGUGCAAUAGACCCUGACUGCCCCAUAUUCCGCCUCAAACACAUUGUUUCAGAGGCUGGAGAGGAAUUUGAAGACAUGGCUGUAAAGGGUGGUAUCGUCGGUAUUAUUAUUGACUGGAGCUGUGACCUGGACUUGUGGGCAAGGAAAUGUUACCCCAAGUACAGCUUCCGCCGGCUGGACAGCAAACAUCCUGUCAACAAUGUGGCUCCUGGAUACAACUUCAGGUUUGCAAAAUACUACAAGACCCAAGAUGGAGAGGAAACAAGAACCUUAAUCAAAGCAUACGGGAUCCGGUUUGACGUCGUUGUAUUUGGAACUGCAGGGAAAUUUGGAAUUGUACCAACCAUAGUGAACUUGGGUGCAGCUUUGUCAUUCCUCAGUUUGGUUCCCAUGGUUGCUGACUGGUUUAUGUUGACAUGCGUGAGAAAAAGAGAUCUUUAUAGCAGACAUAAAGUCACAUAUCUAAAUGAGGACGCUGUCACUGAAUCAGUGUCGAUGGGAACCAGCUACGGAACCCAGUAGCUCGCUCACCUGAACAUUUUCCGAGGGUCCAAUAACAGAGGAUGCUGUAUGCUGUACAGACUGUAAAGCCCUCUGAGGCUAAUUUGUGAUUGUUAAACUUAUAAUGA